AACAGCAAUGGGUUCAUUUGUGACUAUGAACUUCAUGAGCUUUUCAAGGAAGCUAAUAUGCCGCUGCCGGGAUAUAAAGUGAGAGAAAUUAUUCAAAAACUCAUGCUGGAUGGUGACAGAAACAAAGAUGGGAAGAUAAGUUUUAAUGAAUUUGUUUACAUUUUUCAAGAGGUAAAGAGCAGUGAUAUUGCUAAAACCUUCCGCAAAGCCAUCAACAGGAAAGAAGGGAUUUGUGCUCUGGGAGGAACUUCAGAGUUGUCCAGUGAAGGAACACAGCAUUCGUACUCAGAAGAAGAAAAAUAUGCCUUCGUUAAUUGGAUAAACAAAGCUCUGGAAAAUGAUCCCGAUUGCAGACACGUUAUACCCAUGAACCCAAAUACUGACGACCUCUUCAAAGCAGUUGGUGAUGGAAUUGUGCUCUGCAAAAUGAUCAACCUUUCAGUUCCUGACACAAUUGAUGAGAGAGCCAUCAACAAGAAGAAGCUUACACCCUUCAUCAUUCAGGAAAACUUGAACUUGGCACUGAAUUCUGCUUCUGCCAUUGGGUGUCAUGUUGUGAACAUUGGUGCCGAAGAUUUGCGGGCUGGGAAACCUCAUUUGGUUUUGGGACUGCUCUGGCAGAUUAUUAAGAUUGGCUUGUUCGCUGAUAUUGAAUUGAGCAGGAAUGAAGCACUGGCGGCUUUGCUUAGAGACGGGGAGACUUUGGAGGAGCUUAUGAAAUUGUCUCCGGAGGAGCUUCUGCUAAGAUGGGCCAACUUUCAUCUGGAAAACUCGGGCUGGCAAAAGAUCAACAACUUCAGUGCUGACAUCAAGGAUUCCAAAGCCUAUUUCCAUCUGCUCAAUCAGAUUGCGCCAAAGGGACAGAAGGAAGGUGAACCACGGAUAGACAUUAACAUGUCAGGGUUCAAUGAAACAGAUGAUUUGAAGAGAGCCGAAAGUAUGCUUCAACAAGCAGAUAAAUUAGGUUGCAGACAGUUUGUUACCCCUGCUGAUGUCGUCAGUGGAAACCCCAAACUGAACUUAGCCUUUGUAGCUAACCUCUUUAAUAAAUACCCAGCACUCACUAAACCUGAAAACCAGGACAUUGACUGGACUCUACUAGAAGGAGAAACUCGGGAAGAAAGAACCUUUCGUAACUGGAUGAACUCUCUUGGUGUUAACCCUCAUGUAAACCAUCUCUAUGCUGACCUGCAAGAUGCCCUGGUCAUCUUACAGCUGUAUGAACGAAUUAAAGUUCCUGUGGACUGGAGUAAAGUUAACAAGCCUCCAUACCCAAAGCUGGGAGCCAACAUGAAAAAGUUAGAAAACUGCAACUAUGCAGUUGAGUUAGGGAAGCAUCCAGCUAAAUUCUCCCUGGUUGGCAUUGGAGGACAAGACCUGAAUGAUGGGAACCCAACCUUGACGUUGGCUUUAGUCUGGCAGCUGAUGAGAAGAUAUACCCUUAAUGUUCUGGAAGAUCUUGGAGAAGGUCAGAAAGCAAAUGAUGACAUCAUUGUAAACUGGGUGAACAGAACAUUGAGUGAAGCUGGAAAGUCAACUUCUAUUCAGAGUUUUAAGGACAAGACGAUCAGCUCCAGUCUGGCAGUUGUGGAUUUAAUUGAUGCCAUCCAGCCAGGCUGCAUUAACUAUGACCUUGUUAAGAGCGGGAAUCUUACAGAAGAAGACAAGCACAAUAAUGCCAAGUAUGCAGUGUCAAUGGCUAGAAGAAUUGGAGCCAGAGUAUACGCUCUCCCUGAAGACCUUGUGGAAGUGAAACCCAAGAUGGUCAUGACCGUGUUUGCAUGUUUGAUGGGCAGGGGGAUGAAGAGAGUGUAAAAUAACCAAUCUGAAUAGAACCAUCCUUACUCAAAGGUGCAUGAUUGGCAAGUCAGUUAUUCCCAGGUCAAGUGCUCACCGCUUAAAGAAUUCUCGGUCACUUAAAGGACUUUUAUU